AUGACUCGGUCAGCGAUCAGUUCGACACGAGAACAUUUGAAUCUUGGAGGUCCGGAGGUACUUCCAUCUGGCCAGUAUGUGAAAUUAACUGUUGUUGUUGUCGACGAAGUCUUUCUGGUCUCGGUUGAGACCAAUUGUAUGGGUCUCGGCUCGUUGGCCGUUGCUCGUAUAUGCCCGAUCCUUGUCCUACAGAUUCCUCUGGCAACGUAUCUUUCAUCUAGCAGUCGAUAUAUCUGGCUGUUCGGAAGCACAAUGUGA